AUGGCGUUUGCUGGAACUAAUAUCAGUUUGUACCAGCCGGAUAUCACGCAUAAACUAACGGAAUACAUCGAUCACCUGAAGCAAAGUAUCGCUGCUAGGGGGAAGCGGAUUCGGCGAUUUACCGAGAGGUCGACACGGUUCAACCAGAAUCGUCUCUUCCAGAGUGAUCAGAAGAGGCUCUACAAAUCAUUGGAGCGACCAGAGGUAUGUGGAACGGGCCCAGUACCGAACCAGGCCAACACUGUCGCGUUCUGGCGUGGCCUGUGGUCAGAGCCCGUAAACCACAGCGAGGGCCCUUGGACGGAAGUUGUGGCGAGUCAGUGUGCGAGGAUUACGCCCAUGGACCCCGUCAUCCAUAACGCCGGAUGA